AUGCAGGAGGGUAGCGUCUUUGGGCCCGAUGAGCGUGCGGAGUCUGGGGAUAUUGACGCGGAAGAAACCGCCGGGCCGUUUCGCAUGGAGGGCAAUAACACAAGUUUGGGACGAGAAAAACACGAUUUGCCUGCAAAAAAAGCUUGCGGCGUGCCGCCGAAUGCACUCCUAGUCAAUAAUGAUGCCGAUGCACCGUGUGAGGAGCCGUCAGUGAGGCGUCAGUGCAUGGAUGAGGUUGACGAUGAGGAAAAUGAGUUUGUGGACGAGUUUGGUUUUGUGGUGGAUAAAGAAGAGAAGGACAGGGAACUUCUUUAUGUGAAGAAUAUGGACGGGAGAAAAGUGGUCCGUCGCGAAAUUAAGUGGGCAAACAUGGCUUCCGACUGGAGUAAUGUGAACUCCAAGCGACACGCCAAGCUGAAAGAGCGGUGCCGCAAGGGAAUACCGGCACGCUUCCGUGGCGUGGCAUGGCAAUUGCUGCUUGGGUCACAAAAGCAAAUGUCAGAUGCCGCCAAUCGAGGCACAUAUGAGUCUCUGUAUAAAAAGGAACUUGCGGAUCCGGAGCUGACGAAUACGAUUGGUCGGGAUUUGGCACGAACCUUCCCGACACAUAUUCUCUUUCGAGAUGAAGGAGGCGUUGGGCAGACGUUUUUGCGGAAUGUGCUCCAUGCCUAUGCAGCCGUGGAUCCGGAGGUGGGAUAUGUACAGGGCAUGGGUUUUGUUGUUGGUGUGCUCUCCACGCAGAUGGGUGAAGAAGAGACAUUUUGGGCAUUGUAUACGCUCAUGUAUGAUAGACGAUAUAAGCUUCGCGAUAUGUACCGUCCUGGGUUUCCGAUGCUGCAACAACUAUUUUAUCAGUUAAAACGUCUUAUGGCUCGCUUUGUUCCCAAGGUGUAUCAACACUUUGAGACGAUGGGGGUCGACCCCUCCUUUUACGCCUCUCAGUGGUUUAUGACAUUGUUUGUUUACCACUUUCAGUUUCGUGCCCUGCUGAGGGUUUGGGACAUUUUCAUGAGUGAGGGAUGGAAGGUAAUUUUUCGUGUUGCAAUCGCGUUGCUAAAAUGGGAGGAAAAACGUCUUUUGGAAAUGCAUUUUGACGAGAUUCUCAUCGCGUUGAAAAGCUUGCACGAAGGGAAAGACCCAGACGCGAUAUUGCGCCAUGCACAUGAAGUUAAGUUUAAAACCUCCGAGUUGCAAGCGUACGGUGAUGAAUAUUGGCGCGAACAGAGAGCGGCGUAA